CGUGGCGUUUCGUGAGGAGCUGGCGGCGGCGGCGCGGCUGCGCUCCCGUCAGCUGUGCGCCGUGCUCGGCGUCAGUGAAGAGCCGCUGGCCGUGCUGGUGCAGCACUCCCCGCUAGGCGACCUCAACCAGUUCCUACAGGGUCACGUGUCCGAGACCAGCACCGGCGCCGGCAAGGUGCUGAGCUACGGCAGCUUGCUAUAUAUGGCCGCCCAGAUCGCGUCUGGAAUGAGUUUCUUGGAGGACAGCGACGUCAUUCACAAGGACCUGGCGGCACGGAACUGUGUGGUGUUUGACGAGCUGCAAGUGAAGCUGACCGACACAGGGUCUAUGCGGGACCUGUACUCGGCCGACUACUACCAGCUGGACAACACCCGUCUACCAAUUCGCUGGCUCGCCUGGGAGGCGCUCUUCAUGGGCCAGGUGAGCUCGGCAUCGGACGUCUGGUCCUUCGCCGUCACGCUGUGGGAGAUCCUGACAUUCGCCAGGGAGCAGCCGUUCGAGAAUUUCAGCGACGAGAGCGUCAUCUCCAAUCUAGCCCUGUUCUACAGCAACGACGGUGCUCGGCUGCCGGAAUACCUGCCGCCGCCGCCGGCCUGCAGCGCAGAGGUGUACGACUUGAUGCUCGAGUGCUGGCGGCGCGACCACGCCGAGCGGCCGCCGUUCCGCCAUAUCCACCUCUUCCUGCAGCGGCUGAACCUCGGCUACCGGCCGGCCGACGCGGCGUGACGGCGACCGGCCGCCGAGUCCGGCCGCACCUUCGCGCUGGUCGAGUGCC